AUGAAAUUCACAACCUCAACCGCCAUCAUCGCCCUAGCUGCCUUCUCCCCUCUAGCCUCAGCCGCCACCUGCAGCCACUCACAGAACCGCUGGUCCAUCACCGCCAGCGGCGUCGAUGACGUCCCCGGAAAGUGCGGCGGCCUCUGGGACAACCUCAAGCGCUUUGGCGCCUGUGCCGUCAGCAGUCCCAGCUGCGGUGGCAGCAACGGCAACCUCGCCUGGACUUUCACCAGUGGUGUUGGCUGUAACGCCGGCAUGGUUGAGUCUACCUGGUGGCAAGCCACGAAAAACCAAAAGGGCAUGUAG